AACCGUUCACUCCAGACAACCUGGGGCUGAAUGUUUAUCCUGUGAACAUGGAGGCAUUUCGGACUGACAGCUGCGUGCUUUGUUUACUAAUUCUGGGGGGUUUUAUGUCAGCAAAGGUUUCAGUUAUGGCCGCAGGUUCGAGUGGAGACGAGAGGUCGAAUCCUCUGUUUUCUUUAAUGUCCGUGCAGCGCGUUUCUGAUGGGGGCACUUACUUUUCCCCUCUCGGUUUAUCCGCUUCUGUGCUGGAGGAGCUGGAGGACAGUGAUUACUGCCUGAAUCUGCAGGACAUCUUCGGUCAGAGAUACGCUAGUUUAGUUACCUGUUUAGUUUCCAAUGCGCAUCCUGUUAAACUGUGUCAGAAUUGUUACAUCGGUUUUAACAGCUUUCUGGAAAUAUAUGUGAAUAUUUCAUCCAACCAGAUGGGGCCUGGGAACGUGAGCUGCCAAGACAUCCUGAUGCGAUCCGAUAGACUGAUGUUGUUGUACAAACUUUACAACAGCUUACAAGACAUCUGGGACUCAUCUGCAUGUGUCCAGUGUCUAACUAGUAAUCAGAAGAACCUGUCCAUUACGACACUUGACUUUAUAGAAAAACUCAACGAGUCACUGACCUGCUUUAAGAAAUACCAGCAGCGGAACCACUCGGAGCUGUGUAAUGAGUGCAAGAGCUCAUAUAAAAAGCUUAAUGCACUGUACAGUACAAUGUCCAAAAACAAGAGUCUCUGCAUUGACAUAGAGGAUGCGAUGAAUGUGACACGGCGCUUGUGGAGCAAGAACUACGGCUGCUCGUUCCCACGUGAGGAGACAGUGCCGGUCAUUGCCGUGUCCAGCUUCAUGCUCUUCCUCCCACUCAUCUUCUACUUGGGCAACUACCUGCAUUCAGAACAAAAGAAACGCAAGCUCAUCCACCCCAAGAGAGCCAAGUCCAGCAACAGUCUAAUGAAUAUACAAGACAAGUUCAACUGAUUGGGAGAAAAGAGGAGAACGGUGAUUUGUUUUACCAUUCCGAAUAGCAUGUAAAAGGAUGUAAAAAGGAUAAUGGACUCUGGUUGCAGAAGCGGAUUGUAAAACAUCCUUUUUGUUUGAUCACUGACUUUCUCGUAAUCGAUGACAAGAAGUCAUUUGUGGAGUUGUUUUUGGCCCUUAUAUUGAUAAAUGACUGGAGUGUUUAUGUAAGGAUGUAUUAUGACUAUGACAUUAGCAGAAAUAUGUGGUGAAUGACGAUGGCUCUGAGUGAUGCCGAGUAUGCCGUCAUCCCACUAGAACAUCUUGAUGCUUGAUACCAGCUUCUAUUAUUUAUUUCUUUUGGCUAGUGCAGGACUCGUACAUAUAACAUGGCAGUAGCUCUGCACUAAGCACUUGAUGUCCAUUAGUGAUCCAUUAAUAAAUAUGUGGUACAUGCAUGGCGUGAAGAGGGAAAAGCAAUGGCUAAAAUGAAAGGGGGAUGCACUAAAGAACCGUACAGGUCAUGUGCCGCUUUGGCCAUUGCUUUUCUUCUUUUUGUAUGUCUAGCAGCCAUCUCUGUUCUUUUGUUACAUUGCUAAUGUGUUUUGAACAACUGUUCGGUAAUAAUGCAGCAGCCAGACUGGUUAUCUGAGUAAUAAUGGAAGAGAUAUGUGAUAUGUAUGAAGAUUUCAAAAAUGAAUUCAAUUCUUGUGUUUCAUUCCAAAUGUUUUGUCUUCUCAACCUUCAUUAUUGUAUUUUUAAUUAAUGUGGUUUGAUGAUUUUGAUUGUGGUCUUGGAUCAUACAGCAGUGUAGUUAAUUUAUUUGCUAGUGUAGUCGUUUUACUGUGUGGUACGGCCUUCUAAGACUUUCUUGUGCCUGUAACAUUGGGCUAGCUGACUGCUAUACCUGUUGUCAUUGUAGCUAAAAAACUCAAUCUUUAUUAUUCAAAUCGGACAACAAAAAAUGGAGACAUUUUGUAAAACGCAAUACAAAGAAGAAUGUGUGAUUUGUUAAAUCUAUUGACUGUUCAUUUAACUAAUAAAAGAAGAAAGAAAAGAUUUCCAAUGUUUUCACUGAUCAACUUUAUUGUAGUUUCUAAAUUAAAACACAUUUAGACUUUGAUGCCUGCGCCACACUCCAAAAAAGUUGAGACAGAGUCCUAUUAAUGGUUUUUAAUGGUUUGGGAACUAAUUGUUGCAGCUUUGCAAGUAGAAUUUUUGUCCAUUCUUUCUUAAUAUGAGACUUCAGCUCUUCAACCGUCUGUUGUUACUGUGGUCUGAUUCUCUUCUUCAUACAGCAACAUACAUUUUCAAUAGGGGAUAGGCCUGGACUGCAGGCAGACCAGUCAAGCACACACACUGUGUCAACGGUUGUGGUGCAUACAAAAUGAGGCCUGGCAUCGACUUGCUGAGAUAAUCAUAGACUCUAGACAUAGCAUGUGUUUGUUUAAAAUGGCAAUAAACCCUUCUGCAUCUGUGGUACCUUCACACAUAUGCAAGUCACCCAUGGGUCUAUACACCUUUGUCAGUUUAAUGAAGAAUCAAGAAAAUUCUUUUUAUUGAGUUUUUUAUGGAAAUAGGUUUGUAUGCAAGCUCAGUGUAACAGGAUGUUUUUCACUACCUGCACACAUAUAUAAAUAAUCAAUGUUUUAAUGCAUUUCUAUUUAAUAAAAGCACAU